ACGAGGAAAAACGUAACGCAAAUUCCUCAUCCUUGUAAUAAUAAUUAAAUCCACGAUGCAAAGCAAUUUGAUGAGAAAAAAACAUAAACGUUAUAGAAACUCUCUUAUAAUUCAUAACAUAAAUGCCCAACCCUACCGCCAUUAAACCAACAAAUCGAGGAACGGUCAAAUUUUAUCCUUAAUCUCGUCACUAGUCUCUAAAAUCGGGGAAAUUUCCAGUUUUGUUUCAGAAUAUUGUCUUUGUGUAGGGCUCUGCGUUUUUUUUUUCAAGUAGCAGAAAAUCAAAUUAUUUGGAAGACGCAGACUCAGCGGGAGGAGCGGAGAGAGAUUUAAGUAGGCGCCAUGGCGCUCAAGACAGAAAUUUGCCGCUCAAGUGGUGCAAAUAUUUACGCUGGGAAUGGUAUCAGGUUUGUCCGAUCAGAUUCACAGGAUGCACUGGAGCACUUGGCAAAUAUUGAUCCACUUGAUCUAUGCAGUGAGGCCAAAGUUGAAAAGUGUCGUGCUACAAGAGACUUGAGGAGCUGUGGGCGUAUUGUUCAGCAUGUUUUAAUAUCUUGUGGCCAUGCAUCUCUUUGUGCAGAAUGCAGUCAACGAUGUGAUGUCUGCCCCAUAUGUAGGGUUUCUAUUCCAAAUCAAGAUGGCAAUGUGCGGUUGCGUUUAUACGAUGAAUGUUUGGAAGCUGGUCUAAUCUGUAGAAGUCAUGAUGAAGACAUUAAUGAAAUGGAAGGAGAUGCCCAAUUUUCAACGGAAGAUGUUCAGCGUCUUUAUUCAUUAUUUGAUGUUGCCCUGGAUAAUAAUCUGGUUUCCUUGGUUUGCCAUUAUGUCACAGAUGUUUGUAUGGAUGAAAGUGCUGUUUCUAAUGAUCCUAUUGUUGCUAUGCUUCUGGAUGGAGCAGUUGUAAAGGAGUGGUGCAAGAGGAAAUUACUGAAUGUCACAUGUCGUCUACAGGAGAUUUAUAACCUUGGAGUGAAAGAAAUGCAGAAUCACUAUGAUUUACUAAGUAAAUUCACAAUGCAACUUGAUAGUGUUGGCAAUGUGCUUGAAGUGUUGGAAGAACCACUUUUGGAGUCACCUUCACCACAAUUGGUAGAGCUUCAGCUUCUUUCCGAGACAGUAUCAAAAGUGAAACAGCAUAUGGAAGCUAUGACCUGGUGUGCAAGACAUGAAUUUCUUGAGGGUGUUCAAUGUCGGUACAUGAGUAUCUCGCAUUGGAGAAGUGUAUUUAAUGAAAAAAAGGUUGCAGCUUCUGAGCGAGCUUGGCCAGAUUAUUUGAAUAAUGCCACAAUGAUUGGUUCGCAAUCCCCUGCAACUUUGUUUAUUGAAGAUGCCUUGGCUAAUCUGAGCACGGGGCAUGAUUAUGAUGAAGAAUUAGAGACGGAAUUUAGUGAGCUUGGUUGGCUGCGACAAGGAGGAGUUUUGUCACAAUUGCCAUUCAAAUCCAUAUCUGAUGGAUCUGUGUAUCCACCAGAGAAUUUGCGUGCUGCAGUUGAUCUUCUGUUUUUAGAAGGAAGCUCUGAUCUCAUUCUUGCAAAGAGAGCAAUUUUUCUGUAUUACUUGUUUGAUCGGCUUUGGAACCUGCCCAAUGUGGACUGGAGAAAUUUAGUGGAUGAUUAUGCUGGAACAUUUGGGAUCACAAGGCAAUUAGUUCUUGAAUCGUUGGUCUUUUAUCUUUUGGAUGACAGCACCAGUGAGGCAUUGGAGGAGGCUUGUCGAAUUCUUCCUGAAAUUGUUGGUUCAACAACACAUCCAAAGAUUGCAAGAGUUUUACUUGAAAGGCAGAAUCCAGAUGCAGCUUUGAUGGUUUUGCGUUGUAGUGGACGUGAUGGACAAUUAGGAGUCAUAGAUUCUGGUUCUCAGCGGGGAAGUGUGGCUACUCUUCCCGAGGCUGUGACAGCCGUCAGAGUCAGGCUUGAGUGUGGACUUCUGACUGAAGCAUAUCUUUAUCAGAGAACACAUUGCUUACGAAUAAAAGCCGGGCAAUCAAAACAUAGAAGGGUUACAUUUGCAGCUCAAGAAGCAGAAGAAACGAAUAGGGAUCGAGAUUGGCUUGCAGAAAUGGAGGUUCUUGUUGGUGAGAUUUGUUUCUUAUGCAUACGAAGAAAAUUGGUUGAUAGGAUGAUUGAACUACCAUGGUACAGGGAGGAGGAAAGAUUUAUGCUGAAGUGCCUUCUAGAGAUAAAUAUGCAAGAUCCUUCUUGUUCUGCUGGCAGUCUGCUUGUUGUCUUUUUCAUCCAGCGUUGCCGCUACAUUGAAGCAUAUCAAAUACAUAGAAAACUUUGUAACUUGGAAGAACAGUUUAUAUCCGAAAGUGCAGAUGAGAAAAUGGUUGAGAGGGUUCAAAAUGCAAGAGAAUGGAGAACACGAUUGACUGAAAAAUGUAUUGAGUUGCUGCCAGAAAUACAACGCCAACAGCUAAGAAGUGGAAACAUUUCUGAAUGUUCUUUUUCUCCUUGUACAAGAGAGAAAGAUCAAUGUCUUGAUUUGGAGAAAGAGCGAGAAAUCUCAUCAAUCCUUCCAAUUACUCAAAUUACCAGCACAGGGAUGCCAGGGAUGCCAUCACUGAUAAAUCAACCGUUUGACGCAAGGAAAAGAGAACUUACCCUGGAUACUUUCAAUAGAUCAAAGGAUUUUCCUCUGGCUUCCCCUUUGGGAUGGGGUGAUUAUAUUCAGCCAUCGAUUCUUCAUGGUAAACCAUUUAGAUCUGCAGGGACAAAUCCUCUACCUGUUACAUCUCCAAUACUGGAUAGACUAUCUAAUAAAAGGGAUCAGGAAAGGCCUAGAUUCAGUCCCAUACAAGCCCGAGUUUUAAAAUACGACUUUGAUUCUGGCAAGGCACUCGAGGGUAGUGAAUCUGCUGAGCAUGGGUCGCAGGCAUCUGAUUACAUGCCAUCACAGGAGUUGCAUAUUCUGGAGAAAGGAGUUGCUUUCAAGACACAACCAUCAAAAGAACUCUUUUCAGAUUUGUCACCUUCAACUGAUGAGAGGAGGAGGUUUGAAGUAUUGAACAAGGCACAGAAUGAAACUAGAAAUUUAUUUGAAAAUGGCCAUUCAAUUUCAGAAGUUGUUUUACCUGGAAAAGAUAACCAUUUGGGCCUUGAGAAUGGCUUUAUCCAGACAAGAGACCUGCCUAGUACUUCAUAUUUGUAUGCUCCACACUCAAGCACAGAGGGGCUGCAAGAAAGAUCAAAUGUUGCAACUCCAACAAUAGGUAUGUCAACGCAUCGUAUAUCAAGCCCAGGAUCAAAUGGAAAACGACUGCCAUCAGAUCGUUCAUGGUUGGCUGGCCCAUCUGAUGCUGACUUCUGGAGGGGAAAAGGAAGUGGAACAGUUCCUAGUUCUUGUGGUGCAAAAGAUCAGGAUCUGUCACCUGUCUAUUCUUCUGCUGAAUCUUUUCACACUUCUAAAUCAGGGGUUGAGUCUUCAAAGCUAAAUGGUGGUUUGAGGUGGAGAUCAGAUGAAGGGGAGCAAGAAGAUGGACAAAGGCCCAAGAGAUCCGGGAAGUUAAAAGGUUCAUCGGGUUCUAAAGCAAAAAGUAUUGGUCGAAGUAGAUUUUAUGCAAGUUCCAUUGCUUAAUUAACAACUUGUAGCAAUAAGUAUGGAGUUUUCCAAGUUUUAUAGUGCUGGUAUCCAGCUUUGGGUUCUCCAUUUGUUCCAUAGUUAAUAUAAAUAGAAAUGCAACGACAUGAUGAAUGCUUAUUUCUAACUGCAAGGUGCUCUAUGUUGUAGACACUAUUGAAUGUCAAUAACAGUGUUUCCAAGGAGACAUCAGGAGUAUCAACUAGAUUACCUGACAUUCUGUAUGUUCUGCCCCCCUGCAAGAUUAUCACUGCAAUCCUUUGUGGCCUCCAAAUUUGGCUCGUGUAUGAUUGAUUCAGAUUGAAGCAAAUUUACAGCUUAAAUAUUUUGUAACAUCAACUAGAGGAUUUUUGUGUAACUCUGGAUCUGUUUGUGAGGAGAAUCUUAAUUGUUCAUUCCGGGAUCUGUAAUUCUGUACCAUAUGUUUGACAUCACUCAUUCUAGGAAGUAAAAUCAAACCAUCAAAAUGUUCUCUCACAAGCUAGCAGUUCUCUGAAGGUGUAAGUUGGUAUUUUUGGUCCUGCUGGUAGAUCAGAUCUGGGUUCCAUUUUAUUGAUUUUAUUUAUGCCCAAAAUGUUCUUAUUGGUGAUGCAGGGAUUUGGGAGUGGAGUCACUAAAUAUGAGAGCCUUUUGGUUAUUAUGGACAUUCAUGCGUAUGAUAUUUUGCUAAAACGGUUAGAGAAUCCUGUCUUUCUAUUUUUAACAAAGACUUUGAAUAAAUAAUAUUUUAUUUCAACCA